GUUUUCAUAACAGCGUCUCCCUCCAGUAGGGCUGAGGCAUGGGCGGAGUUUGAUGAAACUAAAAUAAACACUGACACGCAGCAUCUUGAGAGUAUGUGCAGGCUCAGAAGGGUAGACUGCAAUAGCUAGGAAGUCUUAAGGACAGCUUAAAAUCUCCAGCAAGAUGAUCAAAUCCUUCAAGCAAACAUUUCUGUCCCUGGAUCUGCAGUCCCCUCGGUGGAGCUCAGCAGAGACGAUGGCAAAGGAUUAUGAACUGCGUCAGUACGAGACGGCAAAGUGGGUCAGCACAGUCAUUAGGGGAGAGACCCAGAAGGAGGCAAUGCGCCAGGGCUUCUGGAAGCUGUUCCACUACAUCCAAGGGAAGAAUGAGAAAGAAAUGAAAAUUGAUAUGACUGUGCCGGUGACAUGCCUGAUAAAAUCUGGCUGCACAGACUUCAAGAUCUCUUUCUUUGUGCCGUUUGAACAUCAGGACUCUCCACCACAGCCCACCGACUCAGAUGUGUUUAUUGAAGAACGGAAAGCAGCGGCCAUAUUUGUCCGGUCCUUCGGUGGAUUUGCCUCCCCAGAGAAAUAUGCUGAGGAAGCUGAAGCCUUAGGCAGAAUCUUAAGAAACAGAGGCCAACCAUUCCAUGAAGACUUCUUCUAUACUGCAGGCUAUGACAGUCCCUUCAAGCUCUUUAACAGGCACAAUGAAGUGUGGUAUUUUAAGAAGUAAUAUGGUUGGGGGAAUAUUAAGAGGCUACUAAUCAGCUCUGGUUGAAAACAGACAUUAUUAAUGGCUUUUGCUUUAGUGAAGAAAUUUAAUUUGCAGAUGGACACAGGAUCACAUCUAAUUUUCUCUAGGAUGAAACACUCUUCUGGCUGAAAAGAUUUUGGUUCUUUCUAAAAGAUCAUAGAUUAUACCAGCUGGAGUGGAAGUGAGAUAUGACAACCCUAUUCCCCUUAUUGAAAGGCUCCAGGGAACCUAAUAAUCCUAAAAUAUUCCUGCAGAGCACUUUUGGAUGCCUAGUUUUACUUCUCAUUAGAAGUGCUACAGCUCAGGUAUUAGAGUUCUUCAGAGAGCUGGCUUUUCCCAUAUUGUUAUCACUCCUGAAGCAGAAAGAUGGGGUAAUUCUCUGAAAAAAAUUUAAGAAACCUACCAUCAAUGAACUUUGGGAAACAGCUGUACCUUAGCAGGCCCUAGUGACUUAUAAGCAGUUAAACUUUUAAAAAUAGUAUUAUUAAACUCCCCCUACCUCUCUGCUCAACUGGGGUUUUUUUCCCUCAUGGAUGCUGUCUUGCUCCACACUAAUCCCAGUGACCAGAUUAGAUUAAGAGUCCAGUGGAAAAAGACUAACAGUGUCUAAGAUGUAUGCUUAUUCUGUGCACAUCAUCUGUGCCUGAACAUAUAAUGCCAGGCUUACUGGUGGCCUGUAAUUUUAGGAGCAAAUACACAAGUAGUAGUUUAGCUCUCACCUACAGAACACUAAUUACACUUCAAUUACUUAGCUUUGUCCAAAGCUGGUCAGGUCAACUGCAGUCUGCACACUAGCAAUAUUUGACACCCAUGUUCAAAGCCACUCAUCGGACUAGCAUUUGAACUGGUUUAGUCCCUACUCUAAAUCAAGCAUUUGAAGCUUUUAUAAAGCAGCCUAGAGCUGUCGUACAGCAAGCUGUUCAAGUCAGAAAACAGUUCACAACAACAGGUGGAGUUUACAAAUUUUUAUUGGUUCCAAGCAGUAUCAGGCAAACAGUACCGGUGUGGUAAGAAAACCCUUAGCUUCUUUAAUGCUGUUCAUGGAAGCAUACCCCAUUAUCGUGCAAUCUUCCACCUGUUAAGACAGACACAGAGUCAUCAUAAGGCACCAAAGAAGCACAAGGAACUUGCUAGGAACAACUCAGACCUUAGAUUUUCAUCUCUGUUCAGAGAGAGAGUUCAAGGCUAAGGUUAUCAUCAUUUGUUCCAGCAAAUAAAUUUCAGUAUUACUACAGUUAGAUUCACCUUCUUGGUUCUUCAUACAGUUGUUUCAAAGUUGCCUCCUCACCUAAAGGAAGAAAACACUAUCAACACAUACAGUAGCACAACUUGUAAAAAAGCUCCACAGCAGAUUUGUAACCUCAGAGAAAAGUGGAACGGAAAUUGUAAUAUCACAGUAAAUCAUUUGGCAGAAUCAAAUUUCAUCAGUGGCUACAAAUACCCCCAGGAGUUUUUAAACAGAAUUCAUUGGCUGUGUGGUCUUACCCAAUGAGGUUGCAGACAGCACAGUCCCUUCCUGAGAAAGAGAGAAGUUGUUUCAGAAUAACAACAUCACUAUAUGCAAGUCUAAUUAUCUAUGAAAUUCUGUUCACCAAGCUAAUUUUACCUACAAGAAGGCUGCAUUUCAGCCAGCAACUGACAAGAACUUUGACUGCAACACCCAAAUACAAUAUACAAAGCUUACACAUCCUAACUGUAUUUCCAGUUCAGAAUUACUAACAUUGGAAUAACUGGGGAAAAGUACAAAGCUAACACUUGCUUCGUGAUACAGUCCCUCCCCAACAGAAAGUUUAUUCACCGAAUUUUGAUACCUAAAAUACAAGCCCCAUAGAAAUCCUCUUGAAAACCUUUCCGUAAAAGUGAGAACAAGUCUCUUGGAGGAAACAAGUUUGUACAGCAAUCACCUAGAACUCGAUCCUAAAUUUGUGUAUAGCCAACAUAACCAAGAUAGCAAAAAAUACUGAGCAGUGACAACCACAGCAUACAGGGUUGGCAUUUUGCCUUUUUAAUUCUAGAGUGCAGAGUUAGAGUCAGUUCACAGCUCAGCCAGAUACAUCAGGUAUGCAUUAUGACCAGAGUUGUGUUUGCUGCUGUGCAUUCUGCUGUACUACGUUAUCAACACUGUAUUGGCUAAGUGGUCUCCACUGAUUCAGCUUCUUUACUAUUUCCACUGUGUGAAGACAUCCAGCAAUAAAACCCCAGCUUUUAGAGUCAUUGAGGCCAAAUCUUUUGUUCAUACAAACAGAACCCUACAUAAAGUUUACCACUGACUACAGUUCAGGAACUGACAGCAUAUCUGUUCAGAAAGAACUCU